UUGCUUAGGAAGGAAGAAAAAGGAUUCUUGAGUUUUACUCUAAGUCACGAUUGACUUUGUGCGUGUUCGUCGAGUAAUGGGUGCAGCGAAAAAUGUCUUUUUGAUCCUUGUUCUAGGAAUAAUGUUUCCAAAACACGCCACUUCUACUAAUUCGGCUCUCUUUAAGACGCGAGAAAAUACUCGGCUUAAUGGUCAUGUCGUUAAACAGUUUCAAUCGCCCAGUUUUAUGUCAUGCAAUCAUUGGUGCCUCAGAAACUCGUGGUGUACUUCAACAAACUUCAGAGAGCUAUCCGAGGUGAACAAGAAAGGAACUUGCGAACUAAACAAACAUGGAUACGUCGAUCAGAAUACAAACCUUGAUGAUCAAAAAGGGGUGACAUUCUCUUUGCUCGUGAAGGGACAUCACCUUCGUUGUGCUGCAGGCCUCACUGGACCUUUAUGUGAAUACGGUAACUCACAUUUUCAGUUUAUGGUGCAAUCGCUCAACGAUGGAUCAAGCGGCUCGAAAAUCUGUUUUGUUGCUGCUGACAUCAAGGAAAAAACGAGGCAAAGCGCUUUUUUACUUUAUUAUGCUGAAGAAGAGGUGUGUGACAUCUUCGAAACUUUGCCGGAGAGCGGAGAUGAUUUUGAAACGGCGAAAGAGAAACUCACCGAGUACUUCGACCCCAAAAAGAAUGUCGAGUAUGAUAUUUACAAUUUUCGGCAAGCCAAACAGAAUCCAUGGUGA